ACUGAGCCCCCGUAGAAAAACCUGUUUCAAUGGAUCUCCACCGCAAACAGCGAAGAACCAUUCGAUCGGAAUGUUUGCUGACGUUGCUCCUACUCUGUUGGUUCCUGCCCGAAAAAGCCGUCUCUGCAAGAAGACACCUUGUAUGCAUGUACCGCAGCUACACCGCUACCCCCAGCAAAGCGUACCAAAUCGAAGACAUCCCGAUGGACCUCUGCACGCACAUCCUCUACUACGGGAGCAAAAUCGAUCCGACAGACAACGAGCUGGAACCGUGGGAUGGACGGCACGAUAUACUGGAGAGGGGAUAUCAAAAGUUUGCCGAUAUUAAGAACCGUCAGCCCGAUGUGAAGCUUUUAAUGAGCGUUCUUUGUACAAUUCCUUCCUGUGGAAGGGUCGCUGCGUCAAGCGACACGCGGAAAGCAUUAAUCGAAAGUGCCAUCCGCUUGCUGAGGCGAUACAAUCUCGAUGGACUAUCGUACGAAUGGCGCUACCCACCGCAAGAGGCAAAACAGGACUACGCUACGUUGAUUGAAGAGACGAAGCAAGCCUUCAAGAAUGCCGGACACGACACGUGGACCGUUUCAGUUGAUGUUCCCGGACGAGAGGAUUCCAUUGCUAAAGCGUUCGACCAACAGCGCAUCUGCUGUGCCGCUGAUUUCGUUAUCCUCUGGGUAGAUCGCCGUUUUUCGAGCCGUAAAAACACGGACAUCCCAAGUCCGCUGUACCGGCGACGCUUCGAAACAGGAGUUCUUCAGCGCUACAACAUCAUGGACGGGACCCAGCACUGGAUCAACAGCGGGUGUCCGAGGGAUAAAAUACUGCUUAAAGUGGCUGCGAGUGGUAUGAAGUUCGCAUUGGACGACGCAAGCGAUCACAGUGUCAAUGCCACGCGCGAUCUUGGACAGUUUCCGGAGCACAUCGAGUACAACCAAAUCUGCUCCCGGCUACGGGACGCGGGCUGGACGGUGGAUUGGGACGAGCGAAGCAAGGCACCGUUUGCGUAUCGCGGCAAAGAGUGCAUCGGCUACGAGAAUGAAGUUUCUCUCGAGGAUAAGGCAUACUUCGUGGACGGCGAGGGUUUGGGAGGGCUGGUGGUCGAAUCGAUAGAUCAAGAUGAUUACAAGGGGGUCUGCGGAAAGAAGUACCCUUUGCUGACGGCUCUUUGGAAGGCUUACAGACCGACCUGGUCGACCGACGACGAUCCAUUUGACUUUGCCAUCCACCGUUCCACUUAGCGCCCGAGUUAAAUGAAGAGCUCCGUUUCGUUACGAAAGUGUACGUUAAUUAAGACCCUUAUGUUAAGAGAUUUCAGAGUUCGUGCGUUGGUUGGCCAACGCUUUUACGGGCAGAAAACAACAGAGUAGGAUCAACGCCAGCAAACAUUCCGCUCGAAUUGUUCUUCGCUGUCUGCGAUGGAGAUCCAUUGACACAGGUUUUUCUACGGGGGCUCAGUUCGCGGACUCGAUAGUCAAAGGGUUCAAAUAUAACCGGUUUCCUUUGUGUGUGGCGACGGUACGUCUGAUCACUGAGAAGCACAAAUUCAUUCUAAUCGCAACUUAUGGUACGGCAUCUCACAGGCACCGAUUCGAAUGGGUUAUGUGCCUCAUAAAUUGGUCAAAUCGAGCACCUCGAGGUUCCGAGUUGAUUGAG